AUCGUCUCAUGCUCAGAUACCGUCAGUAUCUGGGUACUCACGCGCUGUCUUCGAUUUAACGUCAUAUUCGAUCUAACGUCCCAGUAAAAGACCCGCUAUGGCCCCUGCCGGAGGGCAAACGGGCGGUGGAACGGACCACAACGGCGGCGAGGAGUUAUCUGUCUGGGACUCCAAGUUAGUUGAGCAGGGCGGUGUUAUUGGUUACUUGGAAACGCGAUCCGGGAAGAAAGGGUUCGCGAAGAGGACAAACUUCAAGGUGGAAUGUGUUGGAGUGGUGACACAACCAGCCACGUGCCAGGGGGCUAUGCUGAAGGUCACUCUUGAUGAUGGACAUACUGAGGUUGCAUACUGCAGCAAUGAGGACAUGUCUUAUCAACAGAGCAUGCUCAGGGCUUUAAAAGCUGCAGGGCUUGGAAAAAGCCUCUUUGUGUCAGGUCAGUUGGAUCCAGAUUUGGGAUCUUAUGUACACCAGUUAUGCGACAAAUACAAGAGAGAACAUCCGGGUUCUUUCAGAAAGGCAGUACAAAUCAUUGGAAAACAACCGCAGGACAACAUCUGGGUGCUCAACGAGAGUGUGCAGGUGAAUGCAGACGGGGAGGCUAUCAGGCCUGAGGACCAAAAGUAUGCCAUCAUAGAUGGUCACCUCAGCAGACAUUACUUGGAAGUUAAAGACUUGGACAAUGGUGAGGGACUCAGGAGGCUGCUGCAUGCCAUGAAAAACCUCCUGACUGCCAACUUCUCUGCCGGGCUUGUAGUGGUGUCGGGGAUGGUUGCCUCCGUACUCUAUGAAACCUUCGUGGCCAUUAGUCCGGAUGGGACAUGUCCCGUGGUCGUUGCAUUGGGCGAGUCAUGCUGUGGGAAAACCACAGCACUAAAAUGUGCCCAAAUGCUAACAGGAACUACUGAGAUAUACCAUGAGCUGACUGCGGCCAAGGCCAGUGAUGUUCAAGAAAACACGACGAUGGGGUUUGCAUGGGACGACCCAGAGAAUCUUAAAGUGGUGGAAGAAGUGACCGUUUCGUGCUACAAUCAGAUGCUAAGGGGGACUAUAAAGAAAAGCAGGAAGCCACGCUGCAUGCCUGUCAUCACCACCAAUCUGAAGGGGGACAAGGUCAGAAUAUUCUCCAGGAUGGUCAAUGCAACAUUUGAUCCAGUGGCCAACCACAAGUUGCCAAACAAAGAAAGAGUGCGGCUGGAGUACGAGCUGAAGGCUGCGAAGACGACAGCCAGCCGCAGUAUCGGAAAGAUCAUCUCCCUGCGCAAGGAGCUAGUUGGGGUGGAUGCCGAGGGUAACUUGGUACCCACAGAAACCUUCUUGGAGGAGAUGGAGGGAUAUGUUGAAAAGUUUGAGGAAAUCAUGCCGACUGAUGAGGGCAGGUCGGCUCGUAACUAUGCUACUAUAGCAUGGAUCGCAAUGAGGUUGCUGAAGAUGGCAGGCAUGGGUGAGGAGGAGGAGGAGGCCUUCUGGGCUUAUGUCACAGAGAAAAUGGGGCCCCAGUAUGCCACCAUGCAGCAGCGUGCUGGGGUGCCAGGUACUUCCCAUGCAAGUGGACCUGCCAGUGGGCCUCACAGCAACUGGCUGAAGGAUGUUUUCGCAGCACUUCAGACCAUAGAUCAGUUGGAGGUGCUCAAGAUGGUAAAUCCCAGCAUACGUCCGCGUGGGACCUGCGACUGUGAGGAGGCAGUCGCCUUCCACGUCGACAGUGUACAACAGUUCUUAAAGACCGCCUGCCCCGAUGCAGCAGCAACUGUAAGAAGUGCAAUAAGGAAGAAUGGUGGGUGCAGAAGUGUAAAAACCAUAUUCGCGGAUGACGGCCAUCCCUCCAGCAGCAGGGUGCAGUCCAAGUACGCUACACGUAGCCGAUGUGCCCCGCACAUCAGCUACGGCAGCAUUGACACAGUCACUCUCAAGACAUUUCUGGACUACAUGGACAACGCAGCCUCAAGCCGGGAUGACAAUGCAGCCUCAAGCCGGGAUGACAAUGCAGCCUCAAGCCGGGAUGACAAUGCAGCCUCAAGCCGGGAUGACAACGCAGCCUCAAGCCGGGAUGACAACGCAGCCUCAAGCCGGGAUGACAAUGCAGCCUCAAGCCGGGAUGACAACGCAGCCUCAAGCCGGGAUGACAACGCUGUCAAGGGCCAAGAUGACAUCGCCAGAAGGUCAAGCAAGAGGAAGAGGACGCUCACAGAGAAGGCUGCUCAGUCUUGGAAAGUGAAGAAGAAGUAGCGUGAUUUAGGUAACAAGUAGUCGACGACUAAGGCAACAACGGAGUGCGAAAUGAGAGCAGAAGUUUUAAUGCAUCAUUCGCGGAGAACGUACAAUGGCGGACAAAGGGCCGCUCCACGAGGUGUCCUCUAGUAGGGUCAUGACCUUUAAGGUCAACUCAAUCUAAUAACCUAGUGUCAACAUAACAUAGUGACAAAGGAACAGAGAUGGAGUUACAUGACUUAGUAACAUCUAUAAUUGUAGGAAUAUGAAUGGUUUAUUUGACAUUUUGUCCAGACGUAUCACACUUGCAGUUCUAAGACUGAAUUUUGGUGAUAGUAUUAGGUUGUUCAAACACCUUCUUUUAAUUUACAGUAUAUAACUUAUCGUUAAAAGAUAUAAUAACACUAAAGCACCGACAAAAUAUACAAAAUAUGAUUAAAAACUGGUACAAUAUAUUUUAAGUUAAUAGCUACACAUUCGUACAUUGUAAUAAACUCGAAUAUGAAAUUACUAAACUUUACGACAGAUAACUUAUUACAUUUAAUCGGGUUUGUAUACGUGAACAAGGGGAAAGUUGAAAAGAAUUGGCAUUAGGUAUCAUGCUCAUUCAGAAGGGAUGUCAUAUAUGGGAUAGGGCUUUUUUGAUAUCUAUCUGUAUGUGCUUUUACAGAGUCAAGUAGGUGUGAUGAUCUAGUAGUUUUGGCGCCGAUCUCACUGCGGUAUGGGGGGUAGCCAGUCUCUGAAAGUCUCCGACUUCAGCAGGCGUGUAGCGAACUUGUAGCACAGCUGGCGGCGGCGGCUUUCCAGGGUGGGCAGUUCGAGUAGUUUGCAUGCUUCACUAUAAGAAGUGUGAGCAGGCCCAGUAUUGUAUCAAGGAAUAUGUAUAUCUUUUGAU